AUGUCAAUGACUGGUAAACAGAUCGAUUCGAUGAUAUCCGAAGUGGUAUCAAUUCAGGCAAAUCAACAGCUCCUAAUGCGUUCACCAAGCGUUCAAUUCGCCAGAUGCUGUAAUACCACUAAGGAUGUGUCUCUCCAAUUGCCGGUGCCAGAUACCGUUGGUCGAGGAAGGUCAAGCCAUCAACUCAUACGGAGCAUGCUAUACAUGGGGCAGCUUAUCCGUGGGAAUAAGCAGGAACAGAAAAAGAGCGAUUUCCUUGUGGAGUUGCUUGAAACGGUGACUUCAUUGUUAGACAACCUCUAUCUGGUUACAAAAUUUGGAAUCGGUAAGCAGUCCAAAUGGCUACAGAAUAUCAGCUUACACGCCUCCAAGGUCUGGUUCGUCACACUCAUAUUAAGCUUGAGAAAGAUCAUACUCAACUUGCUCAGAUUGGUUAGACUCAAAGCAAGUGUUUCCAUGGAACUGGCCAAAUGCCAAAUGUGUGCGCCAUCGAACAAGCUGAGGGACCUCAUAAUACAGAGAUACAGAGAUGAAAUUGACGGGGUUUCCAAAGACAUCAACUACGAAUUGUUGGAAUUACUUGGUACCCUCAUCGACUUGGGAUUCGUCUCCAUCGAACUGUUCCGUUGGAGAGUCCAUCCUGCGUUAGAGAAGCUGAUGGGUGCAAUAAGUGCACUGAUGAGUAUCCACAGACUCACAAGAAGAUAA